CUUUAUGAUAAACUUCAAGGAUGGAGCUAGAAAUAUUAUACAGAAAAUGGUCAAAGAAGGUUUGACCCGGCGACUGCGUGUUAGUGGGUGGGGUGACGCCCACUCAACGUCAAGUCUCACAUGUUUCUUGCUCGGUUGCUCCUCCACCAACGCCUUUUCCGGCGGCUCUGGUGGUGGAUUUCCCACCAAAGAAGCUUCACAUUUCCGUUAAAGCUUCUCUUUUUCUCCUGUUCACACAUUAAACCCUUCUUCCCCGUGAAAAAUGAAGAUGGUUUGUUGGUUUUGAAAUCCACGCGCCUGUUAGGGGAGUUGGAGGCAGAAUCAAAAUCGUGCCUUCUGAGAUCAUAUUACCCUAUUUUUUAUGGGGCAAGAAGUCAAACAAGAGGGGAAAUCGCAAUUAGAGUGCAUAGGGUUUCCCUCACAACUCACAAGCAGCCGUCUGUAAGGCUUCCCCCAUUCCCUUUUUCGUGUAGCUCAGGUGAACAACUUUUAAACAAGGGUAGGUUUAAGAAAUCACCCUUACCCAAGCUGGAAGUAGUCGACGUCAACCUAAGAAGUGCUUUUCAUUAA